AACAGAACUGCUUGCGUCUUGCGGAAGAACUUCGUAGCCGGAACUACUUCUCUCUGUUUAUGUCUAUGAAGAAUCACAAAGGUACUGGGUUACUCCGCCGCGGUACACCCGAAGCAAUCUAAAAUAGUCUGAAUAUAAACACUUAUUAUAGGUGCACCCUAGUGAUUCAGGACAAGCUAAAAACACGGUUUGGAAAAUAGAUUCAUGGUGUACUCGCUUAUUAUAUACAUUUUUCCACAUUUUGAACACAAACAAAGUUACGGACCGCAACUCUGAUUGGUUGUUUUCUUACCGGGAGCAGAUGAAUUUCUGCAAAUGACAAUAGGACCACUGGGAGGAGCCAGAGGAACUUGAUUUUUCACAGAUUAUCUAUCUCAUAUUCUACUGUCAGGACAUAAUGACAGUUUUAACAAAUACGUAAAAAAUAUAUUUUUAUAAAAGUUACCUACUGCAGCUUUAAGUAUUUAUGUAUUCGCUAUAUUGGACACAUGCUUGACUUAUGAGGGUUGCAAGUGUAACAUAAUACUUUAAGUGAGAAAAUGAUGUAGGAAAACAAUAUGCAAAUCAUAUCAACAUAAAACCACAGGCCCAGAAGUAGUCAGCACAAAUUUUCACUACUAUUUCAAGUCUUUUAUGAUAGCAAUUGUGUGGGAACACAAACAAUCUUUGAAUUUGCCAUAACUGUCUUGGAUUGUUCAUGAACAUUCAGUGUACAAGAGAACAAGCAAUGUCUAAUAGUGGGCAGAUUUAUUGGAGUCCAAUAAAUUGGGCACAACACCGGCCUAGGCUAUUAUGAAUAAUGUCGCUCUGUUGUUCAUCACAAAAAAGUAUCAUGUGACUUUAAAAGAUGCACUAAGUGCUCUAAGAUCCCUUUUACGAGCUUGACAUAUCACCAUAUUUCUAUAGGGAAAAAAAUAAUAGGUUUAAAACCAAAUGAAGCUUUUUAAAUAUCAACUCUUUUUUUUUUUUUUUUUUUUGAGUGAACUAUACCGAUUAUAGACUCAUAAAGAAACGAUUUUUUAGAAACGCUGUCAAUAAGUGUUAGAAAUUAGUCAGUGAAAGAAAGAAUUACUGAUUUGCGUCAGGUAGCCUAUAACAACCAGAAACUUAUUGUCUUUCAUUAUGCCCGUUUUCUGCGAUCGUCUCUGACUGAACGCAGACAAGACAGAGGAAAAGAAAAACCCACUGGUUAUCCACGCGCGGUGCCCACCCCCUGCGUUUACAGAAAAGCCAACAUCCAUCUGUCACUUAAUACAGACGCUCAGCACAUGUAGUUCGGCUGAUAUAGAUGGGCUGACUCGAGAUCCACAGGACUAUCUGUAGAGCAACUUUACGGGACCGAGUCCAUGCGUGUUUUAUUGGGGAAUAUUUCUGAACGUCGUCAGUGAAUGAAGCAUGUGAUGGUGACGGAGCAGUAUGGAGUGUUCGUGGAAGACUCUGCUGCUGCUCGUAUGCACGUCUUUGGGGGUUCAGUACACUGCCAUCCGCUCCCUCCACGACUCCUUCAGUGGCCCAUGCCAAGACUCUGCCCACUGCCAAGGACGCCAGGGUAAAGAGCAGAGAUGGAAAUCGCUCUGCGAUGACAGCCGUGUCCCUGAUGAGACUAGUGCUGCCACCGCUCGGAAGCACAUCCUUCUGUUUGCGCAAACCCGCAGUGGCUCCUCAUUUACUGGACAACUUUUCAAUCAACAUCCUGACAUGUUUUAUGUUUUUGAGCCCCUUUUCCAUGUGCAACAGGCCUUCACCAAUUCUAGUAGCCGUCUGCAAAGGGCUUUGGAUGGCAGAGCUCUUCUGGGAGCCUACCGAGACCUCCUACUCAAUCUCUACAACUGUGACUUCAGCUUCCUGGAGAGCUACAUUCGCCCUGAACCACAGGAUCACAUGACCGGGGCCUUUUUCCGCCGCAGCUCCAGUCACGCCCUGUGCACGCCGCCUGUCUGCCUGGAAGGUGGCGAGGAGAUUCUAGCAGGCCAACCGGAUGAAGUCUGGUGCCCAAAAAAGUGCCAGGCCUUGAACCUCACACUAGCCUCUCAGGCUUGCCAAGCACGAACCCACUUGGCCAUAAAAACAGUGCGUAUCCCAGAGAUAGGCGACCUACGUACACUUUCAGAAGACCCCCGUUUAGAUUUGCGAAUCGUCCAUUUGGUGAGAGACCCCCGAGCCAUUCUUGCUUCCCGCAUGACUGCUUUUGCAAGUAAAUUCAGGGCCUGGAAGAUCUGGAAUGCCACCGGCCGCCAACCACGGUAUGUGGACCUGACGCAGAUAACGAGAACGUGCAGAGAUAUUGAGUAUUCUGUGGAGACCAGCCUGCAGAAACCCACAUGGCUGAGGGGUCGGUAUCUGUUGGUGCGCUAUGAAGACUUGGCCUUGAAUCCUGAGGAAAAGGCCAAGGAGAUAUACAGAUUUCUGGGGCUGGACCUGCAUCAGAGAGUUCUCACAUGGAUUGCUCAUAACACCAAUGGCACUGUCCCAUCUUCUUCAGAGUGGAACUAUAAGUACUCCACCACUAGAGACUCAAAAGCCACAGCUCAGAGCUGGAGAGUACAUCUGAACUUUGACAUUGUUAAGACAGUUCAAUCUCUUUGUAACAGAACUCUUUCUUUACUAGGCUAUAAGCUUGUUCAGUCUGUAGAUGAACUGAGGAAUAUAACAAAAAGUUUGAUGGAUCCCAAGACAUAAUAAAGGUCAUUUUUAAUCAAACUAUUAAUUCAUUUUGCAACACACUUUUAUCUAAAGUGACUUUAUUAUAUUGCACUCAGUGGCUACAUUGAAUCAAACAGGACUCAUAUAAGUCCCAACAAAGUACAUUUGGUUAUGAAUUAUUUUUCAUAUUUUUCAGUUUGUUUUUACAUACUAGCAUACUAAUGGGCAACGCUAUGAUCUGUAAAUGCAACAUUAUACAUCUUACUUUGGUGACAACCUUGCUCAUAAAUAAUAAUUAGGUCAUGAUUAUGAUGCUUGCUACCUUUCCUCAAAGGAAUAGUGCAUCCAAAAAAAAAUAAAAAUUAUGUAAUCAUUCCCUUACAUAUGAUUUUCCUUCCUCUGUCUCAAACAAGUGGCCAUACAAUUGAUGUUUUGGCAACCAACAUUCUUAAAAAUAAAUUCUUCUGUGUUCUGCAGAAGAAAGAAAGUCUGGUUUGGAACAACAUAUUGGUGAAAAAAAGAAGAUAAUUAUUUUUUUUUUUUGGAUGAACUAUCCCUUUUAAAGUUCUUAAUAUUCAUGAACCACACCUGUAGAAUAGUAUGAUGCUAAAAAGCACCCAGGCCCACCAUUUUCAUUCUGUAAAUGUGCAUUAAUGUGACCAAAGAACUAUCGACAAAAAGCACAGCAGACUUGCCGGUGAUGAACAUGCCAAAGCUGGUCAAAUUAUCAAAUAAAUAGCAUGUAUCAUCUGGGUGAGCCUUUACAUGGCCUUAAGUAAGAAUGUUGAUCAGCAAAUAUGUCCUUAAAACCCCAUAAACAGAGAUCUAAAAUGUCUGAAAUGUCCUUCCAUGUUCUUUUUAAAAGCAAAGUCCCUAAUGUAAUCAAGUCGGCACAGAAGGUUGUGUUCAGUUUAAAUCACUGGCAGAGAGUUCAAUGUGUUUCCAUCCAGUGAAGCCCUGUAAUUUAUUUUUAUUUAUUUUUCAAGCCACAACUUCAAACAUUAUCUCUCUCUGAUGGCUUUGUGAGUUAGAGUCAGUGAUUAUUUCUAAGUGCAGUGUCAACAUUGGGAAAAGCACUUUGGAGCUAUGCAGCCACUUUCCAAUUUGUGUAUAACAGAUAUGAAACUAUACAAAUCAAAAUCCUCAUUUAAUUAAUAUGCUAUCUCUUGUUCACAGAGCCCCCUUGAGGUUGAGCCUUUGGCUGCAGCCCAUGUGAUCCCUUGGGUUAAUGUGGUCCUGUUAAUUACUGUUUUAGUUCAAAUCACGGAUUAAAUGACUAAACCCAUGAACACAUCACAUUUUGGAAGUCUGAGCUCAAAGACCUGCUAAUAUGUCAUGAAAAUGUCAUUUCAUUGCAGACAUAUGUUGCAUAGAAAUUCAGAUAUUAUGAGGCUUGGGAAUAUUAAAUGUGUCAGUGUCUAGCCUUUAAAAAAAUCUUUGAUUUCAGGAUGUCUUUGUAAAUUUGUGUUGUUGUUCAUGCCAUUCAGCUAGUUCAUUUAAGCAAUUUAUUACUUCUAUGUGAAAUGUGCCCUUAACACUUUACAUAUUGGAGAUACACUGUGUAAACAACAGUUCCUCAUCUCAGGUUUAUGAUGCUUAAAUGCAAUGUGCACUGCCAAUUAAUAAAU